UGGAAAACCUCCAUUUAAAACUAACCAUUAACCAACCACUAUAUAUAUCCACGCUCACACGCGCGCAUUUACUAAUAAGUAAGCUCUUUUGUUAAACGUCCACUUCAAUCAAAUUCGAAGCUCUCCUCCUCUCCCUCUCUUGUUGCGAUGGCGGAUUUUCACGGCGGCGCCGGCGGAGGAAUGGCGGCGGAGGAUUAUCAAGAAGAGGAGAUGUGGGCCAUGAUGAAGGCAAGAGAUCAAGGCCCCAAAACAAGAAAGAAUUCGCCCGCCUCAUCCACGUGGCACUUGACCGCCGCGAGGGCCAUUCCGAGAUCCGCCGCCUCCUCCGGCGGCGCGUCUUCGGCGCCCCUCUCCAUCCCCGAUUGGUCCAAAAUCUUGAAGAAAAAUCCCAAGAAGGGUGGUGGUGGUGCACACAGCCACCACGGCGAUGUCACCGACAUCGAUGACGGCGACGAUGAGAUGCUUCCGCCGCAUGAGUAUCUGGCGAGGAGGGUGGCGUCGACGCAGAUUGCAUCCUUCUCCAUGUGUGAAGGAGUGGGAAGAACUCUCAAAGGGAGAGAUCUCAGCAACCUCAGAAACGCGAUUUUGACGAAAACGGGUUUCCUUGAAUAGUAUAGUUGCUAUUACUACUUCUUCAAUAGGUUUGGUUUAUGAAAAUAAAAGGGGACAGAUUUUGUGAGGUAGCAAUGUUUUGGACGUCGGAGUUUGCCUUUUUUUGUGGGGGGAGGGUUUCGUAGCUAGUGCGUAGUACUAGUAUAAAAUUGAAGCAAGAAAAAUGUUCAAAAUGGCAUGGUCUAAGAUUUUGUACGGCAAUUUGCAUUUUUGGAAAAAAUACAAUAUUUGUAUUGAAUUG